AUGGCAAAAAACGACGGAAUUUCCCUGCCGCUGGUUAUCUUAGGAUCCUGUUUUUACUUCUUUGCCUACGCGUUUGCGAUCACGGGAAAUUGUUUCGUGUUAUCAGUUUGUUAUAAAAGAAGUGGAUCUUCAUCGCUGAGAUGGUUCAUAGCCAACCUGGCCAUUGCCGACCUUACUUUUGCAUUGCUGAGUAUCUUGGACAUUAUAAGUUUUCUUUGGACUUGGGUUGGCGGUCAGGUAACUUGUAAGAUACAAUGUUUUUGGAUCGAAGCAUGCUAUACAACUUCCAUAAUGACCCUGGUGCUGAUCAGCUUUCAACGAAUCAGGGCCGUACUCCAUCCCUUCAAUGCGCGGUUGAGUGAUGCGGAAGGCGCGAAAAGGAAAGUGGUCGCUUUGUGGCUAGGAAGCCUUGUAGUUUGUUCUCCUUUGCUUUAUGCCUAUCAAGUCGUGACACUAGAUUUAAGUGGUCAGAUUAUCUGUACAAACAGACCGUUUGGGGAUUUAGGAAGACAGAUUUACUACAGUAUUCAUGCUGUUUGUUUUUUCAUCGUUCCUCUAGUGUACAUGAUCUAUGCCCAGACGGCUAUUUUCCUAGCCCUCAUACGCUCGAGUAGACGCGUUUUUCCUACACAAAACGCUUUUGCGACGUCAUACACGAAUCGGCAUCGCAAAGUUGCCAAAACGUUGGCCGCUCUCACUUUAGCGUUUAUAAUAUGUUGGUCUCCUUUCAUGAUUGUUCGAACGCUGAUGUACUUCCAUUUGUUAAGCGAAGGACACGUUUGGAGAGCGUCUCAGCUUCUCGUUAUGUUAAACACAGUGCUCGACCCGAUCUUGUAUGGAAUUUACGGAGAAAACUUGAACUUUAGGCAGUAUCUACGUCGAAUCAUCACACGU